AUGACAAAGGAUGUGCGAAAGGUCAUCAAAAACCAGAUGUCACAUGUGAAGAAGGGUUGCUUGUCUGAUCCGCCUGCUACUGUUGUUAUGAUGCAUCGUGUUAACCCUGUAACAGGUCAUGCAAACAGUGGUCGCUCUACUGGUACUUGUGAAGUUGACAAUCGCCAAAUCCUUAAUGUCUUGAAUACACCGUCUGUGGGUAUUGCCCGUGCCGCACGAGUUGUGGGUGACCAUUACGAGCAAUCCAAUGACAGGAAAAAGGUAACACGCUUGCUUGAACCAGAAAAGCUAACACAUCGCACUGAAAAGCUGUACCUUCUCAAUUCCGUUGCGAAAUCAUGCGGUUUCUUUGAUGAAAAGCUCCCCGUGAAAGAAGUCUUUUGUCCAGAUGAAUUCCCUGUUAAGGAGUACAUUGGAUUCGAGCACGAUCUACCGACCUACUUCAGGAGUGACAGGCAGUGA